GAACUGUCAAAUUCACGUUUGCCUUGUGUUGUGCGGUGCCCGUGCACGUGUUUAUAAAAUAUAAACAAUUUUUGACUAAUACUUACCAAAAUGGGUAAAAUAAAACAAGAGCCUGUCGAACAGGAAGAUCAAGCAGACGUUUCUGUUAAAAAUGAACCUCAAAGCUAUGACGAAAAAGUUGACCACUGCAGCGUGAUUGCAAAGCCGAUGGCGCCUAAGAAACUGAGCAAAAAGAUCUACAAACUUAUCAAAAAGUCAACAUCACACAAAAAUUACAUUAGGAAUGGCCUUAAAAUUGUCCAAAAACAAUUACGACUCGGCGAGAAAGGAAUUGUCUUCUUCGCUGGAGACAUAUCACCAAUAGAAAUCAUGUGCCACUUACCUGCCGUCUGUGAAGAGAAGGACAUCCCAUACUGCUACACUCCAAGCCGCAAAGACAUCGGAGCAGCUAUGGGCACCAUGAGAGGGUGUGUCAUGGUGUUAGUGAAAGAACAUGAUGAUUACAAAGACUUGUUUGAUGAAGUAAGAGGAGAAAUCAAACUGCUCGGACACCCUAUCUAGUUAUAAGAAUAUUAGUAAAGUAGGUUAUUGUUAAUACUUUGAAGUUAUAUUGUUGUGACUUGGUUAGCCAGUAGAGGUUUUAGGUUUACUUGUAAUCAAUCUGUUUAAUGAAGCUAGCUGACUUUGUAUACGACUUUCAGCUUCAGAGUAUUGCAACUUGGUUUUGUAGUUAAUAUGUUGUUUUUAUUUUAAGAACUUAGUUUAUAUUGUGUUUUUGGAAAAUGACUUUUUGGCUGUAGAGAAGGAUUUAACAAUGUUACAGAGCUUGCUGCCAUCAAUAUGAUUACAUUAACCAUAAAAUACGCAACUUAGUCACUUUGUAAUAAUCUCUAUUACAAACAAUAGCUUUUACUCACUUUUACUAACUAGACUUAAUUCCUUGUUUGUAUGUACCUAGUUCUUAGAUGUUAAUAAGAAUAUAAUAUGUAACUGCAAAACACAAGUAUAAAUUUGAUUGAUAUAUUACUGUGCUUGUUUGAACAAAAUGUAUCAAUUAAGAUUUAAUUAGUAAUAAGUUAGGUUAAGUAUAAAAUAAUGGUGUACAAGGAUUGUUAUGUAUGACUCUUGUGGACCAAGAUUUUUUAAUAUAGGCAAAUUAUUCUAAUA